GAAACGAUCAAAGUCAUGUGAUUUUAACAGAGUCGCCUUCGUUGCAAACUGAAGUGUCUGAAUUAGAACAGGACGAUGAAAUUGAUAAAAACCAAAUCAUUGAACAAGAUUUAAUACAAGAAUUGCAUUUACCUACUAAAGAAAACGAUAGCUCUAUCAAAAUUG